UUGAAGACGUUAAAAGGAGAAGCCCCCAGACCAACAGCUCCAAAAAUCUGUUCAGCAUUGAUGAUCAAGGUUACACCACUACCAGAGACAGAUCACAAGACAACGAAUGAUGCAGAAAGUAAAACAAGUAAUCCUGUUUCUGACGAUUUUGAAUCUGACGGGGAUCAAUGCUAGCGUGACGUCACCAGAAGAAGGAAUGCCAACUGGACCAUGCUGCCAAGUCAGUCCUGCAGGGGUCCCUGGUAUUCCAGGAAACCCUGGACCAUACGGGCCGGCUGGGUCUAAAGGAGACAUGGGGUCUCCUGGUGAUGUAGGAAUGCAUGGAGCUAAGGGAGACAAGGGAUCAGACGGGUUGAAUGGGGAACGAGGCGCUACAGGAGAACCCGGCCAGAAGGGAGAGCAAGGUGUCGGUCAGCCAGGUAAACAAGGACCUCAAGGACUGCCCGGAAUAGCUGGUUUGAUGGGAGGGAGAGGAGUACCCGGACUAGUUGGACUUAAGGGACAAAAAGGUGAUUGUAUUGAGCGCACUCAACGGGUGGCCUUUUCAGUGGCCAGAAACACAGACAUCGCUGAAUCAACUUCUAGUCUGCCUUUUGAAGAAAUACUUUUUGAAGAGGGCACCCACUUUGAUUUAUCCACCGGUACUUUCACGUGCAAUGUAGCUGGUAUCUAUGUAUUCAUGUUUUCAGUCUUGAAACUGCAAGGCUCGGCGAGUGCUUACGCUACUCUGAUGAAGAAUGGUAACGCUAUUGUAAGGGGAUUUACAUCAGGCGCCGGUAAUUACUUGCAAACAGGCAGCAGUGCAGUUGUGUCUCUACAAGAGGAUGAUCGAGUUUUCUUAAAUACCGGGGGUAACUUGCGCAGUAACAGUUUACAUUACACUUCCUUUAGUGGGUUCUUGCUUUAUGGUGAAAAUUAGACGUUCACAAUUUAUGCUCAGUAUCAAAUGCUCAUAAUCAGCACCUAAUCAAAGUUGUUGAUGCAGCUUUAAUCAUUAGAAUUAACAGCAUGGUUAAAAAAUAUCAAACUUGAGAAACUGUUUCGUGUAACAUGUAGUUUCAAUUUGAGUUGUGGAAAAUUACUUGGCUAAUCUUGCCAAUCUUUGAUGUACUUUAACAGUUACGGCUGUUAUAUCGCAGUUGUAAAAUAAUAAUGUUACAAACAGUUUCAAGAUUUUCGGAAACUAAAUCCUUGCUUUUGGAAAAAACAAAUAGUCAUGUAACAAGAAGAAAUUUCGGUGCUACACUCAUGCUUUAGGAAAUGUCAAGUUCACUUGAUAUUUUUAAUGAUGAAGCUAGAUACAAUUUAGUCUUAAAGGCAGUGGACACUAUUGGUAAUUACUCAAAAUGAUUAUUGGCAUAAAACCUUACUUGGU